AUGCCGAAUGCAGAGAAAAAACUGGAAGCAUCUUCUACUGGACCACCACCGCCAUCGCCGCCGUGGGUUGAGCUUCCGGCGGAAAUCACGAUGGACAUUCUGCAGCGGCUAGGGACGAUAGAGAUAUUGGAGAGUGCGCAGAGGGUUUGUAGUACCUGGCGGAAGGUGUGCCAUGACCCCGCUAUGUGGCGUGUUAUUGACUUGAAACGUUUCGUUUUUAGAUCCAAAGUGGCCAAGGUGUUGGAGAAGAUAUGCCGUCUUGCUGUGCGUCGUAGCCAAGGCCAGUUAUUCAAAAUUAGCAUAGAGAAUUUUGGUAAUGAACGCUUGCUCAGCUACAUUGCUUCGAGAUCAUGCCAGCUCAGACAUCUUCGACUUGUUAAGUGUUAUAAUCGGUUAUCUGGGGGUUUGGCUUCAGCUGCGAAGAACUUCCCAUUUUUGGAGGAGUUGCAUAUUUACUUCACCUCCAUUACUAAAGAUGAUAUAGAAAUUGUUGGCCGCUCUUGCCGUUUGCUCAAGUCUUUUGUAUUGCAUGCCGGUCCAUUUGAUAAAGUUAGAACUCCACCAUCACAAGACAAUGAUAAAGCUGUAGCCAUUGCCAGAUGUAUGCCUGGAUUGCGGCAUCUUGCCCUUAUUGAAAAUAACUUGACAAAUGAAGGACUUCAGGCCAUUCUUGAUGGCUGUCCACACCUUGAAUCACUUGACUUGCGCUGCUGCUGUUUUAUCGAUCUUGAAGGGGAUUUAGGAAGAAGGUGUAGCCAACAGAUUGUAGAUCUAAAGCAGCCUCGUGACUCCACUUGCGAUUAUGAAUUUGAUUGUAAAAUUAGGCAUUACCGGUCUUUUGAGGAUUACUGCCGAUCUAGGUUCUCCAACUACAAUCCUUUCAUCGUCGGGGACAUUCAUGAGUAUGAUUAUUAUUUUUGACUCCAUGUAGCAGCGAGUACGUCGAUGAAGCUGGGAUCUUUUAUUGUUGUCAUGUUCAAAAUGAAACUUUGCUGAUGGCAAGAACCCAAAUUAUCAGUGGCAUUACUUAGACCAUGAAACUGUAAGGUCCUCUCAAGCAGUGAGAGGAGCCAGGGUUGAAGAAUGUGUAUUUAUUGGGAGAGUGGGGUUUGUUUAGCAAGCAGUCUUAUUGCUUGAAAG